CAGGAAGGGAAAACUCAACCUUUUUGUUACUCCUCCCCAACCAACAAUACUGAAAGUGUGUUUGUUCAAUAUGACUCAAAUGAGAAGUUAGGGUUGACUGCAGUAAUUCUCCAACCACUUAUGCAACCCACACAAAGAUUUUCCUCAGAAAAUAUGAAUAUAAUGAGCAGUGGAAAAGAGCCAACUUUAGAGGAAGUGUGAGUGUCAGUUCAUCAUUUUCGAAGAUGAUGAUGAUACGUUUGAAAGUGUUGGUGUUUACCCUUAGUGUAAUAGUUGCUGAAGACAAGCCAUUGUUAAUCACAGCAGACUGCAGAGAUCACAUCAUUUUGCCCUGUGCUGCCUUUAAAAACAGUCAAAGCUACACCUCUGUUACUUGGUACAAGAUCUACAAUAAAACCUGUUCGUCAAUCCUCAUUCAGGAAAAAUGUGUUGGCAAACAAACUAAGUACAACAAUUCUGUGUCACUGGGUAAAAAUGCAUCUUUGAUCUUAAGGAAAGUUUCACCUGCAAAUGCUGGGACCUAUAAGUGUUUCUUAAGAGCGAAGGUCGGAGGGAUAAAUAACCACUCUUUGCUCACCCUAAAUAUCUCAGAUUGUAUGCCAUCAGAUUCACCGACCUUUGCCAGGGUUAUAAACUUCACCAAGUUUAUUAAUGGGUCAUCGAAGAACAUUAGCAUGACUCAUGUGAAUAUGGAUGCAGGGCUGUCAACCUUUUGGGCCUCUGUAGGACUGGCUUUGAGUAAAGUUCUCCUCAGUGCUGUGUGUAUAUGGGUCUUUAAGGAGCUCAGAGAACUUAGGAAAAGGAGACAGACAUCUUAUUGUUUGUAAUCACCAUUGUUUGAAGUUGAUUCAUCACAACAUUCAUAUGGACAUUCCUUACAGGCAGAGGAAAUUCUGCAAAACUUAGUAUUAAAAACUAUUGUUUGAUUGAGUGAUUUAUUUUGUGAAUAUAUUGAUUUGUGAAUUUGUGAAUAAUAUGUUUUUUUUCUGUAAUUCAGGAAACGUAUCUUUACUUAAUAUCCUCUAAGAGUAAAUGGAUCCUAAUACACUGUAAAAUUAUGCCAUAUUGACAUUAUUUGAGAUGGCCAGGAAGAUAUUUUUUAUUAAUAAAAGUUUGA